AUGUACUUCUCCAAGCAGAUCCUUACUGUGCUUACCGCCCUCCUGUUCGCCAGCGCCGGUGUUCAGGCCGGUUGCACGACAGAAAGCCCCGGAACUCAGGGCUUCAACGGCGGCAAGUGCAACUCCAACAAGGUUUACUGCGGCUACGCGCCCUCUGGUGGCUACGGCAUCACUUGCUGCGACACCAACGCCUGCAAAUAG